AUAGCACUUUGGAGUCUUAAUUAAUGAACCAAUUCCAUAGAUUUUUAACAAUUUUUAAAUCAAUUCCAAUUUAGUGCUUGCACUCCUUAAUGUGCGGUAGCUAGGUUUCAGUUUGAGAUUUUAAUUGGAAGAAGCUCCUUAAUUAUUUAAGAAACUUUACUUCUAUACCAAAGAAAUUUCCUGCUUUAUGACUUGAAAAACUCUCCAUUUUAACAAUCAAGGUGUUCAUACUCACUCAACAUUUAGAACAAAGUCAUCCCUGGUGUGAUUAUCUAAGCAUUCUAUUGUUUCUUUUAUUGGUUGGUUAAGAGCAAGCUCUAAUUGCAUGGAUGAUUCUUGCAUUUUCAAAAUUUCUUGGGCUACUUUGUUUUUGUUUGCUAUUUGGGGAGUUUGGUGGUUAUAGAGGAUUGACGAGUUGUAGAGAUUCUGAUUUUCAAGAUUCUAAAUGGUUUCCUCUUAUUAUUGAUAAAGCUGUUGAAUUUUGGUCGGUUCUUCUUGUUCAGUUUUAAGGCAUCUAAUGGGCAAACAUGUUGUGUUUUGUUGGGAUAAACCUCUUCCCAAUUCUGUUAAACUUAAUAUUGAUGAUGCUGCUUUAGGCAUACCUAAACCUGCUGUUGCGGGAGGGAUCUUUAGGGAUCCUAAUGGCAAUUGGAUUAUGGGGUAUGCCAGGCAUAUAGGCAUUAUUAAUAGCUUAAGUGUUGAGCAUUAGACCAUAUAGGAUGGCCUCUAACUUGCUGUUGCUAGGUUGUUUUCAAAGAUUAUCAUUGAGUGACUCCUUUUCUAUGCCAUUCUAUUACUAUUUGCCAAUGUUUCUGAUUCCCAUUCAUUAAGUACUUUGAUCUUGGAUAGCAGAGAACUUGUGAGUCAUUUCACUCAAGCUAAGCUGCAACACAUUGUUAAAGAGAACAUUAUGUGUGCUAAUCAACUUGUCAAGAUGGGACGUCCCUUUCUUUCACUUUUGUUGUGGGUUGGGUUUUUUUUUUUUUUUUUCAGGGUGUAACUUACAUUUUGUCUGCCGAUAAACUCAGGGUGGGGUUCACUUUCUCAAACCCUAUAAUGUACUCUCUUUUUUGUAAUAUAAAUUUUUUUGAACA